CAGUCAUCCCCAACAGUCGCAAUAGUAAAUGCCUUAUUAGGAUUCACAUCCAAGUCUCGAACCGGCUGAAUAUGAGCAUUAGGUAUCUCCCAAGCUACAUGAUUACUCUCCCUAGUGUCAUAGCUCUUAACACCAUUCUCAUGCAUGACUACAAACUGAUUAGAGUUGUUCCACUUCCCGCCUGCAAAUUUUGCUGAAUUUUUACUCGUAAUUUCAGCCACAACUUGAGAUUUCGCCUCAGCACGAUUAAAAAUCAGCACUUUUGAGUCAAUGACUGUCGCCAGAACAUUCGUGUUUGUUGGAUGAAAUUCAGUCGUUUUUAUCUCAGUUCCAUGCGGUUCCGUGUCAAGCACUUCAACAUCCUCAAAGUCCAAUGUCUCAACAGACGGAUCAAGAAAGACAUUUUCAGGAAUUUUCAGCACAGCUGAUUUCAUCACUAAAUUACUGCUGUAAACAGAUGCAAGCAGCUUGUCAGUCGGACAACUUGUCAAUUUCCAAAUUUCACCUUGUUCAUGUGAAAAUGUCUUUGUCUUUAAUUUGUUGUUGUCAUCGUCAACUUCUAAGAGAUGAAUUUGAUUCUUUCCAUUGAUCAUUUGAGUUCCGAUAAAGAAGCGAAUUUCUUCAGCAUCUUGUUGAGAUACGAGGCUUCGUGCUUGGAAUUCGAUGCCGUAGAUUAUGCUCUCCAUUGUUGGUUGGAGUUGGGUUUUGGACAGCCUUAUUAAUAGAAUUGAGGGUUGUUUGUGGAACUAAUGAAAUGUUUUGAAUGGAAUUUUGAGAUUUCUUGAGCUUUGGUGAUGACUGUUGGUCUUUGGAGUUGAUUUGCAGCUGUUGGUUUAGAUGAGGAGCAAUUGGUAAGAAUGAGCUGACGUUGGUUUGGAAGAGAAUCUCCAGAAUUGAAUAUUUGAUCGGACUUAAGUGAUUAAAGCUUCUUGUUGGUGAAUGAUGAUGUAUUCUUGGAUUUUUGAUGAUCCUUGAUUUUUGAUUGGUCUGAUUGAUGAUUUAUCUUGUUGUUCUUGUGUUUAAACUGAUUCUUCAAGCUGAGUUUCUUUUUUCAUGAAUUUUUCUAAUAUUUUGAACAAACUUUAAAGCUUAUUUUGAUUUUUAACAAUGCUUUCUUCACUGAAACAGGUUGCUGUGAACUUCUUGAUGCAUAUUUUGUGACAAAUCCAUCGUCAAUCUUUCAAAUUGUUCCUUAAAUCUCUCGAAUUGAUGCUCUUCUUUUAAAACUUUCAACUUUUUGCAUAAAAAUCAGAUUUUUUGGUUUAUUUCAUGUUUUUUUGACAACUUGUUAAAAAAUCUUAUUAUUUGGAGCUUAUGUUGUAAACAAGGGGACUGUAACUUCUUGCCUCAAUUCUCUCAGUUCCUCUCAUUUCAUUGCAACUCUCUCAAUUCUCACAAAAUAUUCAUCAAAACAGUUGCAACAUAAAAACUUUUGUAAACAAGAAAAAGUCAAGCAAAAUUUAAUUUUUAAGCCUUUUUGAAGUCAAUUGUUUGACAUUUCAGCUUAAUUUGGAGUCAAUAUCUUUAAUUUGGUCAUUUAAAUCAGCCUUAAAAUUCUCAGAUCCUCAAAAUAUUAGCAAACUUGAUGAAAAACAGUUAAUUUUGUGUCUACAAUAACAUUAAGUCUCAGCCGUACCUUUAAUUACACAAAAAUGUCAGCAAACUACAAAACCUGGUGUCGACUUUGUGGUGAUAUAGAUGCACAAGUUCUGGAUGAUGUUAAUUUACUGAAAGUUACUCAAAGGUUUAUUGAUAUCAGCAUCGCCCCUCCUAUCCUCAUCUGUGACGACUGCAACUACCAACUAUCUCAAUUCCUCCUAUUCACAAUAAGAGCCAAAGAAGUCAACGAAAUGUUCAAAGGUCUUGAUGAUGAAGAUCCGAAUGACCUGUGCAUCCGCAGACUUAAUGCUUAUAGAAGUCACUUUAAAUUGUCCGCAUUGCUAGCAUUGGAAAGCACAAACUUUAGUCAGGAUAUCAAACCGGAUGAAGAUAUUGAAGAAAUUUAUGAAUUUAUUGACGAUGCAGAAAGUAUUGAGGCUCUUGUGGAACCGGAUGCAAUUGUUGAAGAAAUUUUAGUUGAGACUGUCAAUGACGAUGAAGAAAUGGACGAGAUUGUUGAAGAAUAUGUUGAUGAAGAGCUUGAAAAUGAGGAAAGUCUCGAAGAUGACAAAACUUUUAUGUAUCACAUGUCAAAUUCCAAUAAACUUCUCAAGCUUUUUACAUUUAAAUGUCACUUGUGCGACCAAACUGUAUAUCCAAAUAUGAAGCUACUCACUGAACAUUGCCAGACUGUCCAUAAUUCACAACCAAGUGUCAAAUGUUGCAGUGACGAGUGUGGUAAAAUGCUGCAGACUUGGAGGAGAUUAAUGAUCCAUAAAGAAAAACACUUUCCAAGCGAGGAAGCGAUGACUUGUGGGAUAUGUCAUACUGUCUUUGCUACUAAGGCUGGAUUUGAGAAUCAUAAGAAGACCCACGAGCGCCAAUUCAUCUGCAGCUUCUGUGCGAAAACUUUCUCCGAACAAAAAACCCUCAGAUUUCACGAGGAGACCCACCGAACCCCACUCGAUGCCAGAAAAUCAUUCGAAUGUCCAAAAUGUCACCAUAAAUUUAUCACAAAGCAAGCAUGCCAAAAUCACAUCAGCAUGAAACACGAAAAAGUUGUGACUGUCAGUUGCCUUGUUGAAGGAUGUGGCAAGGGAUUUUUCACAAGAAAAGCUAUGCUUGAGCAUCAAAGAACGCACAGGGAUAAAACUUUUGGAUGUAAUAAAUGUGAUUUUAUGAGUAAAACUAAGUCGCAGCUGAAUGUUCAUCUUGAGAAGCAUGUGAAGAUUGAGGAUAAUGGGCUGGGGUGUCAAAAGUGUGGAAUUGAGUUUGGGAAUGUUAAAAAGCUGAAGGUUCAUUUAGCUUCCCACGAUGGCGAAGAAACAUUCAAUUGUGGCAAAUGUGAUGCAACAUUCAUUGAGAAGCAGGAACUUUCAAUUCAUUUUAGAAUGCACAAUGAACUAUAGCGAGUAUGAACUGGUUCUGCUUGAUUUUGGAUUUAUAAUAACUCAAAAGCUCAAAUAGUGCAAAUUCAAAUUGAAUAAAGUUUGUAAAUUUAAAGAUUUAAUUUUUAAUUUUUUUUUAUUUGUCUCAAAACUUUACAACGCCUUACUGUGCCCCAAACCCAAGUGCAUACACCUCCUCAUCAGUCAUAUUAUGAACUCUUCUCAAAUGAGUCCUUAAUCCUUUAUGUUCUGUGAAUGUUGACGGACACUUUAUGCACUUCUUGUUCUUAAUUCCUUUAUGAUAUUUCUGAUGGGACGUCAGCCAUGCCUUGGACGUAAAUGCCUUGCCACAAAUGUCACACAUAAAUUUCUUUUUCUCAGCAUGUUUUGCUGAGCAGUGCUUAAAAAGCUCUUGAGAUGUCUUAAAUUCAAUAUUACACUCGACACAUUUGUUGCCGUCGAUUUCACAUCCACUGUCAGCCCAUCGUAGUCGAUCUACUUCCUCCUGUGACAUUUGAUGUGAUGCUCGCAUGUGUGAAUUGUAAGUUUUACGCUGGAAGAAGCCUUUGCCACAAAACUUGCAAUUAAAGUCAUUUUGUCCUUUAUGCUUCUUCAAGUGUGUCUCAUAUAAGCUCCAGAUUGUGAAUCGUUUGGUGCAUCCAGGAUGGUUGCAGAUGUAUCUGGCUGUUUUGAGGUGCUGGAGCUCGAGAUGUUCUUGCAGGUAUCGCUUGUUGGUGAAUACUUUGUUACAGAUCUCACAUUGGACUUUUCCUUUUGGAACUGGAACUUUUGGCUUCUUUUCUUUUGGUGGUUUGAGGGUCUUUAAGCUGUCUCGAGUCUGUUGGGGAUGAAAAAUUAAUAUUUUAUAAUUUUAUUUAUUAUAGCUUAAGAUUCUUGGAUUUAAUUAAGUUUCAGCCAAUAAAAAUUCGAUUUUUUAUUUUAUUUUAUUUUCUAACAUUUUAUUACAAUAAUUUAUAUAAUCUCUGCUAGCUAAUAAUCUAGUAAUCAGCUCCUUCAUACUCAAACUUCAAUUCAAUUCUCAAUAUCCUGUGUAUCCUCAUUUACAUCCCUGCCAUAAUGUUCCUGAAUAUCACGUUCCUGCACUACCCGUGGCAUGUCAAACUGCGGUUCCAUUUUCAUGAAAAAGUCAUUAUUUGGUCUAUAGCCUGAGCUGCUGCUUAUCCUUAAACUAUUUUCAUCACACAUAUUUUUGUAAACAUCUCCAUCCUUGUCCUUUACUCGAUGCUUGGCAUUUUUGGAUUCAUGGAAUCUCCUUAGGAACGUAUAGAGAGCUAUUGAUGACUCUUCCAUGUUUAAGUAGGUAUUUGGUGUAUUUCGGUUGACUAUUUCGUAGAAUAAGGAGAUGUGGCCGACCAUGUCUUUGAUUGCUAGACGACCUGGAAGA